UUUUCUUUCUGUAACGGAAUGUCUUACUCUACGAAUAAUGAGAAAGGGUGUUUCCUGGCCAAUAAAGAACAUAAAACGACCAUCAUAGAAGAUCGCGCUGUCCCGUGAAGCCAUAACGAGAUGUGUUAAUACCUAGUUAAAUGAUGAUCACCAUUUCUAACUUCACAGAAUGCCCGUGUCGUGGUCCCUUGAUUGUUUUGUUAAUUACUUGUUCCAUUUCCGGGGUUCGUGCAGGUAUCGCACAUUUACCUGUACUGCUCUGAUAUUUCUUGGACGCGGAUAAUGAUGAAGGAAUUCAUUGUGCUGGGAUUUGUGUAUAUAUUUUCAUCUUUUAAUACGGCAUCCGCACAAAAAUCCUGUUCGUCGAAUUACAUGAACACCUCUCUGAUAUGUGUACCUGGACAUACUUCUGGUGAAAUGGUGAUGCUUGACUUUUCUCCAUUUGAAACUUCUGGAGCGCCUUCUUGUGACUGCAGCGUAUACGUUUCUGCCGGAAAUCGUCUGGAAUUUAAUUACGUAUUUUCGCCGGGUUACUACGGAUGUGGUUCCGUUAUAACAAUAACCCAUAGAACGAUGUCUACUAUUCGGUGCCUGCAGGGCGCGGAAUCGCUGACUGUAACACCGGGGGAUUCCGUCACGGUUCAGAUACUUCGUGAGAGGGAAACAUUUGAUUCAAAAUAUUGUUACUUGUUACGCGCUUAUCAAAUCAGCGGACUUGAGAGAAUUCCCGGAUCUAUUAUUGUUGUUUGUAAUCACCCGUCAUUACCUUCUACCACGUUACAAACCACGACAGCAACAGAACGCGCCAUUCCAGUCACCACCGCCACCAGUAUAAUCACACCACAAGCCGAGGAUGACGUAUCAUCUACCGGAGUAGAUGGUGGAUUUACGAUAUCUGUAUCAACAAAUACGAUAAACUUCACAAGUACAGCUUUAGUUACAAAAUCAGUAAGCGAAGAGGUGUCCACAUCGUACAACCAUACAGACAGGACCGUAACAGGCGAAACAAGGCAUACAGAAAACAGGCAACUGGCUCACUUUCCGUGGGAGAUAAUCACACCUCUCAGUAUUAUAAUAUUCGUCCUCAUCGUCGUCGCCAUCAUCAUCUUCAAGGUCAGACGAAGUCGAUACAUUAAAUCCACAUAUAAACCGGCGGAGUCCAGGGCAACAAGCUGGGCCUUUAAUCAACCUUCUCUAAACGUAUCCCCUCCGAAAAAAGCUUCGAGUCUGAAAACCAAUGUCGAGAAGACAGACAGUGGUGUUUACUCCACACUUGGGGAAAACGACAAACGUUCAACUGAAUCAGUUCACAAAGCGGCGGAGAAGAACUAUCGAGAGGUCAGCAUUGAUCAAGCAAUUGUUGAAUCCGAGGCAAAAACACAGCGAGAACAGAAAAAAGAAGGGAUAGAUAAUGUAGGAUUUAUUGAAGACGAAGAUUUCAGUGUCGAAAGUUCAAAGGAUAUACCUUCGAGAGGAUCCUCUGAAAGUGAUAUUACGAAUUUUAUAAGUAAAAUGUAUGUCACAGAUACGGAAAACCAGAAUUAUUUUCUUGACUAUAAGGACAAAACUACGUGUAAUUCCAGUAAAGAGGAGAAUGCUGAUAUUCUUGAUUCAAAUGCAAACAGUGUAGUGUCUGAACAGGUUCCACAAACUUCUGAAAAGCCAGAGGUACAUCCUCAGCUUCCUAUUGACACUGGAUAUGUUAUCAUUGACGUUCUGGCUAGCAUCUAGCAAAUGUUGGAUGGCGUUGCCGAUCUGUCUACUAGAAGAAACACCAUAAUUUGUAGCUUAAUCGUAUUUGUAAUGUCCAAGAGAACAACGUAAA